CUUAUUUCAAGUAGGAAGUGUCACUCAGGCGCUUUUCAAUUCAUUGCCAUUUAUUUUGGUCAAGUGCUCUUCACUGAGUGCCGGUGCCGGGCGCUGUGACAGGCUCUCUGAUAAAAUAAUAAAGUAUAAAUGUUACUAAUCAUUAAACACCGAAUUAGUGCCCAUAAAGACACAGAUUUGUUAAAACACACAGGAGACAAAGCAGAAGCGGAUUAGCAUACAUGGAAACCAACACUAGGUGCCCAUUAAUGAAGUGGGGGACAACGGCAGGUGACAGCGGAGGAGAGGAAAGUAAAAACUCCAGAGAGCAAAAUCAUUGGGGAAAGAAAGAAACCUCUGGAGGGUCCACAGUCGGCUAGAAGAGAGAAAGUCAAAGACCCAGUCAGCGUCCUGGAGACCCCAGCCAGCUGGCCGCCCACUUCUUCAAGAUGCCCUUACUGGGAGUGGAGAGUCCAAGCACACAACCCGUGUCCUCGAGCCGAUGAGGCCCUGCUUAUCUGACUGAACUCGUCGACACUGGAAGAGCAGAUUUAUUUCUGAGUGCGGCUGACAGACUGGCGCUGGAGGCGGAAGUGCACAGCCGGAACGCGACAGGAAGUGACGUGGACAGCUGUCGGUUGCUAGGCUUCAGCCAUGCUUCUCGGCGCGUCGCGAAGCUGCUACAGCGCCUUAGCAGAGUGUAAAAGGCGAAGCGUGUGAUCGACAGCAGGGUCGCCACACCGCGUCUCUCGGGAUGGGACCACCUUUGCCCAUUCUAGGGCUACACUGUCUUGCGCUUCUGCUUGUGGGUUGUUUAGCCGAUGGGAUCACAGAGCGCGCCACCACGAGCACCUACAAUCUGGCCGUAUGCCCCUGUGACCUCACGACUGGAGUGUGUGACAUCAACUGCUGCUGUGACUUGAGCGACUGCGGCCUUAGCAACCCGGAAGGCGUCUUCUCGUCAUGCAGUGCCGGCAGCAAACGAGCUGUGUCAUGGCAGUGUGCAGAGGAGUUUCUAAUUUUCAGUGCCAACACUCCUAGCUUGACCACCCUGCUCAUGGAUGGGCAGACACGGCUUUUCUGUGUCCAGGUCGAUAAUGGCAAGUUAAACUAUGUAGCUUUGCCUCCUACGGCCACACGAGUGUCCGGCUUCCCUUCCUUCUCCAUGCAGGCCUCUCUUCAGACUCCCACUACUGCAGCUUUCUACCGAGCCGGAGAUGUCAUCCUUUCCGUCUUCAGUGUCACCUCAGUGCUUGGCAGAUUUCGUCAGCCAGGACCCAGUGGUACAAGCGGAGCCUGCAACGACUACAAUCCUGCAGUUUUCUUGCAGAGUGGGCAAACAUCCUGUACCCGCAGUGUGACAAGCAGCUCCUGUGAGACAGCCAAUGGACUCAAAGCCAGCACUUUUUAUGCGGAUUUCUUCCUUUUACGGAUACCCAGCCCCUCACUUGCCAGUGUACAAGCUAUGAAGGUCAACAUACAGCCAGUGUCACAGUGGCCACAGCCAGUUCUCAUUGGGGACGUCUGUAAAAACGUGACAGCCCAGGUCUCCUACAUCUUAAACUUCUCAGCAGCUGGUGAAAUUGUUAGCGCCUCUGUGGAUGUGCAACUGGCAGAUGUGAAGAUAAGCGACAGCAGCAUGGUACAGACCUUUUCAGUACAGUAUCAGCCUUCUACUCCUGCUGCCACUUCUCAGGUGAAGCUGGGCCUUGUCCCUGGUGAACCAGUGACCGGACAGUUUGCUGGCCGAGCAAAUCCAAUUUUGGUGCCUAGUGGACUGCCGGACGGAGUCUGCUCUCUUUCCUCAAGAAGACCUCUACUGUUCAAGGAAAACCUGCUGACAAGCUGCUUACUGAAUUUGGUGGCCCAGGACUGUCAACAACUGAAUACUCAGGCCUACGCCUUCCUGAGAGGCAGCAGCACUCCAGAGUUUGUAGCAAUGACGCGUGGUGCACAAAUGGCCUCCGACUGGACCAGAGUCGUCGUCAGUGACUGUGCUCCCCAGCAGGGGAACCAGAGCUGUGCAACUGGAUGUUGGAUACCCACUUCUAUGUCAUACCAGCUGCUGUGGGCUCAGCGGGGAUUAGUGAGCCACCCACAGAACCAGAUCACUGGGGUCAAAGUCACUUUCAGCUGUGAAACGUUGCAGGUGAGCCGACUAAGAAGCUGUUUAUCUCAAAAUGUGCCAUUGCCAGUACCAAACCAGCGGGGCAUCUGUCCACCACAACAUCGCCAGCAUUUCUUUACUUCAGGCCGCCAUACUCACUCAUCCAGAUGGCUCCUCAAGUUUUUCAAUUACUGUAACCCUUCCUUUGUUUCAGUGUUCUUCUAAACCUCACCUCACAGUAGAUGUGACAUUUGUGGAAACCACGGUUUAUCCAGAAGCACCACGGGGACGCCCCACACUGGACUGGAAGCUGCCUUUUGACUUCUU